UCGUAUUCGCAGUAGCCUAUAGGAAGAUCACUUCUUGACUUGAAGACUUUAAUUAUAGUUAGAAGUACUCUUUGACUUUGUGACAUCAAUCAUGGGACGUGUUCAAAUUGAAACACUCAAGGAUGGUGACGCAACAAACUAUCCUAAAAAGGGCCAAACUGUAACAGUCCAUUACACAGGGACUUUGACUAAUGGGAAGAAGUUCGACUCGUCAAGGGAUCGUGGCAAACCUUUUCAGUUUAAGAUUGGAAAGGGACAAGUCAUCAAAGCUUGGGAUGAAGGUGUAGCUCAGAUGUCAAUAGGGCAGCGAUGCAAGCUGACUUGUCCACCUGACAUGGCAUACGGGGCCGAUGGCAUCAAGGGAACUAUUCCACCCAAUGCAACUCUUCUCUUCGAUGUUGAACUGAUUUCAAUAAAAUAAACUGGAUGGACAUUACUGCUACUGUUUUUUUUUUUUUAAUUCACACAUGAACAUUAAAUGAUAUUUCCAAUACUCUAUGUAUGUUCAGAGGAGGGAAGUUUCUACCAAAGCGUACCCACGGAACUCAGAGUGGGUCGAACGAUUAUCUCACAGUACCUAGUAAAUGCUCCUUCAAUUAAGCCACAGUCGACCAUUCUGUGUAGGACUCCGCAAAAGCAACAGGAGACUGGGACAUUGACUCUUACUAGAAACAUUAUACAGGUAGUGCUUGCGGACAGUGGCGGACCGUAACCUGGAGGAGAUAAAGCAUUGGGGGGGCACAACAUUGUUCACAAACAAUACAGUGCCCCUCCAAUCAUUGUCUCUUCCGGGUCACGGUCUUCCAUUGUUUGCGUAGAUAAUGAAUAUAACAUUUAAAUUUUGCCCCAAAAGUUAAAGUAAGUUGUAAUUACAUGCAGUUAAAUAUAUCCAGUAUUUGACCAGCAUAUUAUGCUGAUGUGUAUUUAUUGCAAGCCUUCUUUUAAUUUAAUCUAAUUUCUUAAUGAUUGCCAUGACAGAAGUGAUUAAUUGAUAUCAAGAAAAUUAGUUAAAUAAUGAAAAUAAUGGCCAUACAUACAGUACCAGCUCCGGAACUGUACCUCAUUGGAUGUGCUUCAUAAAGAUUUAUUUAAAAUCUGUAAUACUUCAAUUGUGAAUACAUUCCUAAUUUAAUAUCAGGAGAAUCAUGUAUAGGCAUCGAUCAUUUUCUCAUACUUGAUUGAGUUACUCCUGAUAUGCUAUUAAAAGGAUUUUACACAUUUUCACUUUUGUCCAACUUUAGUUUUCAUGUUCUACUUAAAACUUUGUGGAUUUGAAGGUAAUAAUUCAUGCUUGCUUGAAUUAGCCUAAUGAUCAUCAGCACAUGCUAAUUUCAUGCAUUCCUUUUCAAGCAAACCCAGGAUCUCCAAGCAACGUUUAAUUCAUUACAUGUUGCUGUUCAUUAUUAGCUUUUGCCAUUUUUAAUGAAUGUAGUUUAAAAUUAUGUUUUCAAGGCUAGUUCAUUCACAAUGCUGAAACUGUGGUACAUUUUGUAACAUACAGUACCGGUAUAGAGGUAUUGUUAUUAAUUUAAAAAAAAAGAAAUUUAGCUUUGAUUUAUUUAUUAUUCAGUUUAUUAUUUCCAAUAAUGCACAGUCCUUUAAUUGAAAUAAAUCAUUCAAAUGUAAGAAUUAUGUAUGUCAUUAUUUUGAGGGGCUUUUUUCAUGAAUAUCAGUAAUCAACUUUCAAUGAAAUUCAAUGAAAUAAAUUGUUUAUUUGUCAGAAUCUGUA